AUGGCCUCAACAUGCCAAGACCGUAUUCUGAGCGCUCCCGCACAUCACGUUAAGGCGACCCUCGCAUUUCUAUGCAAGGAUAGCGAGGUGGAGAAACUCACCCUUGCACGUCUCGACGCGUUGGCCAGAAUGGAGAAGGCCGCGACCGAAGCACCCGGCAACAAGCGAAAGGCCACUGAGGAGUUAGCCGUCUGUGUCCAGUGUGAAGCCCCCUUUUACAAGGACGAGAAUCACAUUGGCGCUUGCUCGUACCACCCGGGCGAGAUGGAAGUGGAUGAUGACAACGACUUUUGGGCGGACCAUGAUGAGAAUAUCCAUGGCACUAUAGACUCUGACUGGGCGCGAAAGGAAUACCCCGGGGGCUUCAUAUGGUCAUGUUGCGAGAAGAAUGCUGAAGGGGCUCCUGGCUGUACAACGGGUCGCCAUGAGGCUGAUCCACAAAAGGCGUGGAAAGACGGCAGUGAAGAAGAGGAGGCUUAA